AUGCUCUCGUCUUUGCUUUUUGCUGUGGCAUCUAACCUUGCCGGCAUUGUGGCCGCCUAUCCCGGCGAGCUGCUCUCGAAGAGGGCGCUGACACCACGCGACAUUGACCCGCGCACCGACUGUCCCAGUUACCUGACGGAGGGCGAGUUUGAGUUCCCUCACUACAUCACGCAGAUCUCCAAAUCAGACCCCGAUCGGGCCUUCGGGCCGCAGUACUUUGGCGUCUUCACGCCCAAUGACGUGGGCAGCAUCUUCAGCUUCGACAUUCCGGCCUCGCGGUCCGAUGCCAACUGCACGCUCGAGUUCCUCUUCCCCGAGCAGUCGCAGCUUAAGACAAGCUCCUAUUCCAUUUCUGGCGGCGGCAGCUUCUUCUUUACCGGCUACGCUCCGGGCAGCUGCCCCAGCGACGCAACCACAUGGAACAACCAGCCAAAACCGGGCCCGUUCCCAGCAUUCCCACCAGUCCACAUGGAGCCUGGUCAUGCUUAUGUGAUCGACAUCGGGCCAUGCUUUGUCGGCGCUGGCUCGUGCGUCGCUGGCCUCACGACCACAAAUGACACAUCCUUCAGCUUCUUCCAAGACUACGACGAGUGUCCCAUUGGCAUCUACACGACGUACUCAUAUCUGUGA